ACAAACCUAUCAGUCAGCGAGGUCCACUUUUCGACCCACUGGGUUCUAGAAAGGGUAGAAUGAAUGAAGGCUACGUGAUAUCACUCAUAGGAAUGUUUUGUUUCACAAUUUGAGAGGAGAGGGAUUUUUGGGAAGUUGGAUUAGAGAAAACGCAAUAUACACGCUGGGUCGCCGGCUGGUGAAGAAUUUUAAAGAUGGGGCUAAUCAGAGAAAAGUACCAGGAUUCGCUCUCUAAGUUUGCAUUUAUGCUCAUUGUUUUCUUUUUGGCAACAGCUACCAGAGGAGAAUGGCUGUUAGUUAUCGUGUACAUGUUCAGGGACCAGCUGCAAGGCAUGAUGGGAAGGCAAGGUGUUCAGAUGCCCCCCAGCGGUGACUACAAUAUCACAGAUCCCCCGGGACCUCUGCUGGAGACCCUGAAGCUUCAGAAUGUCCACUGGUUCGUGUUGAUGGCAAUAUCCACGUCUUUUGUUAUGUACUACGGAUUGGCAUAUGGAUGGCACUAUUACUAUUACGUCAAUCGAAGACAUUUGGCCAAGGAGUGGAAGUGCCAGCCAGACAAAUUUCUGACGCCGGAGAACGAGAGACACGAGAUUCUGCUGGGAUCCAUGAACAUGUUGAUAGGUUCCGUGUGCUCAGGAAUCAUCGCCUGUUUCAUAAUCAAUGGAGGAUACUGUAAGAUGUACUACGAUAUAUCAGAACGAGGCUGGGCGUACUUCAUUUCCUCACUGGUGGGAUUCUUUAUGUACAACGAAACAAUGGCGUACUACCUCCACCGUCUCUUUCACAGACCCUGGCUCUAUAAAAAGAUCCACAAGAUGCACCACCGGUACCACCAGCCCACUGCGUGGAGUGCGGUCGCCAUGCACCCCGCCGAGUUCCUAAUGUAUCAGGGCUACCUGGCUGCAACCCCAUUUUUAAUUCCCAUCCAUGUCUUUCCAUUCUUGUUUGUGUUGCUAUAUUCCUACUAUUACGGACUCUGCGACCAUUCCGGAAUUAAGAUGGGAGCCAUUUGGCCGUGGCAGCCACACUCAUAUUUUCACGACAACCACCACAAGCAUUUUCACGUCAACUUCGGCUUCAACACGUACUUUUUUGACUGGUUCCAUGACACUCUGAGAAAAGAGGAUCGUGUGUACGGGGAGGAUAAUUUUGGAGGACAUGGAAGACAGUCCCUAAAGUCUGAAUAGAUUUCUAUUCCUAGGGAGGCUCUCUUCUCUGGUCAUCAUACCCCCCCCCCCCCACUUAAAAAAAAAUGGCAAGAUUGCAUGAAUGAAAAACAGACUAUAGUCAAAAGAUAGGCCAAAACAAACUCUUUAUCUCAUUCAUAUCAAAGAGAGUGCAAUUGUAUUUACCUUCAUUCAUUUCAUCAAUAUUGAUUACUGAGAAGAUUGUUUAUUACAAAGUAUGCCGUACGAACUUAUCCUGAUAAGAAAUCUAGGCUAAA